AUGGCGCUAAGUGCAGCACGUCAACAAUCAUCUAGCUUGAUGCAAUUCAAUGAGGAUAUUAUCAAGCAGCUAACAACUGAAGAAAUUGAUGAAUUCCGCGAAGCUUUUAUGAUGUUUGAUAAGGACGGCAAUGGAACGAUUUCUACCAAAGAAUUGGGUAUUGCAAUGCGAUCAUUAGGACAAAAUCCAACCGAGCAAGAAAUAAUGGAAAUGAUCAAUGAGGUAGACAUUGACGGUAAUGGACAAAUCGAAUUUACUGAAUUCUGUGUAAUGAUGAAAAGAAUGAUGAAAGAAACAGAUUCUGAAAUGAUUCGUGAAGCAUUUCGUGUCUUUGAUAAAGACGGAAAUGGUGUUAUUACUGCUCAAGAAUUCCGGUAUUUUAUGGUUCAUAUGGGUAUGCAAUUCAGUGAAGAUGAAGUCGAUGAAAUGAUUCGAGAAGUAGAUGUAGAUGGAGAUGGUGACAUUGAUUAUGAGGAAUUUGUAAGAAUGAUGACUGAUCGAUAA